AUGAAUGACGGUCUUGUCUCUCCGCCACUUCUAUCUCCCUUCUUCCUCACCACAACAUACCUACUAUCUACAAACAAAUCAGGAAUCUCUUCUCUUACUAUAAUAAAUCUACAAGCCCAGAGCUCUGGCAUAACCAUGAACAUCCUCCAUUCCACCCUUUCCACCUGGCGCGACCGCCUCGCCCCCGUCUCACGCACCUCCACCUUCCGCACCUCAGGCCAAAUCACCCCCGAGGAAUUCAUCCUCGCAGGCGACUACCUCGUCUACAAAUUCCCCUCCUGGUCCUGGUCCGACGCGUCCUCCCCCGCCCAGCGCGUCUCCUACCUGCCACCGGGCAAACAGUUCCUAGUCACCCGCGGGGUGCCCUGCCAUCGGCGGCUGAAUGAUAACUUUGCGGGCGAUGCGGGACACGAGGAUGAGAUUGUACAGGAUAUGCUUGCUGGUGGUGGCGAUGGGGAUGGGGAUGAGGAUGGGUGGUUGAGGACGGGGGGUGGGAGAAAUGUUGCGGAGUCGCAGGCGGAUAGGCUAAGGGAUGUGAGGACGGUGGAUGAGUCAGGGAACUUGGGGGAGAGAGAGGAGGAAGAGGAGGAGAUUCCGGAUAUGGAGGAUGAUGAUGAUGACGAGGAGGCUAUUAUCAGGGAGCCGGUUGGGGGGUCGAGUACUACUCAGCCAACCCGCACAUACAACCUCUACAUCACAUACUCCAACUUCUACCGCACCCCCCGCCUCUACCUCUCCGGCUACCUCUCCCCCUCGCAACCGCUCCCCCCACACCUCAUGAUGGAAGACAUCGUCGGCGACUACAAAGACAAAACCGUCACUCUCGAAGAUUUCCCCUGGUACGACGGCAACGUGAAAAUGGCCUCCGUGCAUCCUUGCCGCCACGCCUCCGUCAUGAAAAUCCUCCUCGACCGCGCCGACGCAGCGCUCAAGAUCCGCCGCGACAAGCUGAAGCAUGCGCAGUCCUCCUCCUCAAAGGUUGACAGCGGCCUUGAAGGCCUGGUGGACGACGCCAAGGGUCUCUCGUUGGACUCGGAGCAAGCUAAAGAAGGCGGUGAUGAGUGGGAGGUGCUGCAGCAUGAUGAGGAAGAUCAGGUUGCUAUCCGAGUUGACCAGUAUCUGGUUGUAUUCCUUAAGUUCGUGGCUAGUGUGACGCCGGGAAUUGAGCAUGAUUUUACGAUGGGUGUUUAG